CCACACCCAGGAGUGGGGGCAAAAGACCCGGUUGAGUCAGGGCCACAGACCAGGCUGGGCCUCUGCCUGCAGUAGUCCCCACUCCUCCAGCCUCACCCAGCAUCAUGAGUGGCCGAGUUGGAGACCUGAGCCCCAAGCAGGCAGAGACCCUGGCCAAGUUUCGAGAAAAUAUCCAGGAUGUGCUGCCCGCCCUGCCCAACCCUGAUGAUUAUUUCCUUCUGCGUUGGCUCCGAGCUCGGAAUUUUGACCUACAGAAAUCGGAAGCCAUGCUCCGCAAGUACAUGGAGUUCCGGAAAACCAUGGACAUUGACCACAUCCUUGACUGGAAGCCCCCAGAGGUAAUCCAGAAGUACAUGCCUGGGGGCCUGUGUGGUUAUGACCGUGAUGGCUGCCCCGUGUGGUAUGACAUCAUUGGUCCUCUUGACCCCAAGGGCCUGCUCUUCUCAGUCACCAAGCAGGACCUGCUCAAGACCAAGAUGAGGGACUGCGAGCGCAUCCUGCAUGAGUGUGACCUGCAGACGGAGCGGCUGGGCAGGAAGAUUGAUACAAUUGUGAUGAUAUUUGACUGUGAGGGCCUGGGCUUGAAGCACUUCUGGAAACCUCUGGUGGAAGUGUACCAGGAGUUCUUUGGCCUCCUUGAAGAGAAUUAUCCGGAGACCCUGAAGUUCAUGUUCAUUGUGAAAGCCACCAAACUCUUCCCUGUGGGCUACAACCUCAUGAAGCCAUUCCUGAGUGAGGACACUCGUAGAAAAAUUGUAGUGCUGGGAAACAACUGGAAAGAAGGUUUGCUGAAACUCAUCAGUCCUGAGGAACUGCCUGCCCAUUUUGGGGGGACCAUGACAGACCCAGAUGGGAACCCCAAAUGUUUAACUAAGAUCAACUAUGGUGGGGAGAUCCCCAAGUCCAUGUAUGUGCGGGACCAGGUGAAGACUCAGUAUGAGCACUCAGUACAGAUCAGCCGCGGCUCCUCGCACCAGGUGGAGUACGAGAUCCUGUUCCCAGGCUGCGUCCUCAGGUGGCAGUUUGCGUCAGAUGGUGCCGACAUCGGCUUCGGGGUUUUCCUGAAGACCAAGAUGGGGGAGCGGCAGCGAGCAGCGGAGAUGACAGAGGUGCUGUCCAGCCAGCGCUACAAUGCCCACAUGGUGCCUGAGGAUGGGUCCCUCACCUGCUCGGAAGCUGGUGUCUAUGUCCUGCGCUUCGACAACACCUACAGCUUUGUCCAUGCCAAGAAAGUCAGCUUCACAGUGGAGGUGUUGCUCCCAGACGAGGGCAUGCAGAAAUACGACGAGGAGCUCACCCCUGUCUAGGCAGCUCCCUCACUUCUCAGAGACCCCCGACCCUCUGCUUGAUGUCUAUAUAUCCUACCCUCCCCCCCGCCCCCCCCCCCGAAACUGUUAGUUCUCCUCUCUGACAUUAGUGAGUAGAGAAAGAGCUGCCUUGGAGAACAGUCGUAUGAUAUGGUCAAAUCAGGAAAGGUAUGAAAGGCACAGCCUUGGAGGGUACCAAGGUUGCAGAAGACGAAAAAGCAAGGGUAAAAGCAAGAAGUGGAUGUCACUGAAACCCAAGAAAUAGGAAAGUAAAUCCCCUAGCCUUUGCCCUCACUUCUCUUAAGGCAUUUGUGUGUGCUUGAAUCCCCUCCCUAUGAGCGACAAGCAACUUGAGUUAGAGCUGUAUUUAAAUUCUUUUUAUGAAUACUUUUACCCCUUAUAUAGUAGGUGCUCAGUGUAUUCUUGUGAAAUUAAAUGGAGGUAGGGAGCAGGUGAUUCAUGGGCACGCAUGAUAAGAAAGAGCCUGGGCAUAUUUCAGCACCUUGGACAGGAACAGAGCCAGGAUGGGGAUGAUGGACUCUCCUGAAGACUCAAUCAGUCCCCAGAUUUCUAGCAGUGGCUGACCCCUGAGUAGGAGAUGCUUGCAUAAGGCUCUGACUCAGGGCACACAGUUUCCCCCACCCAACACUCUCACCCUUGUUCCCUUUUCUUGGAACUCAUAGUUGAGGUUUGAAGCAAUUAAAGGAAUCUUCCUGGAAGUAAAGGAAGUCACAUCUGAUUCUAGCUGCUGCCUGGCGAUAAUAAUUAAAAAAAAAAAAAAUCACAGCUAUCAUUCAGUGAGUGCUCUCAAUGUACCACACAUGGUGCCAUGUGAUUUAUGAGUUUAGCUCAUUUCAUUCUCAUGCCUCCUCCAAGGCCAUUUCUUGUGGCCAUCUUAUGGAUACGGAAAUGAAGGCUCAGAGAGGCGAAGUCACUCACCCAACAUUACACAGCUCUUAAGUAGCAGACCCAAAACCCAAAGGUUUUUUGCUAUUAUUAUUUUUUCUGUACUCCAAAGACAUUGCUCUUAAUUGCCCCAUAAUAUGGCCUCCCUGCGGCCCUACUUUUACAAAGCAGAGAAGGAAUAACUUGUUUGUCCUAGAUCUUCCAGAAGUGUCCUGGAUGUCACCCUCUCCAAUCCCAGUUUUUAGGUAGAGGAGAUGUUAUGCCCAUUGGACAGCUGGAGCAAUGGAGACCCACAAUGCUUAAGCCACUUGUCCAAGGAAACUCACAGAAAAGUGGGGCGGGGCUUGUGCUUUGCAGCCCAGCAUCCUGUCCACUGCUUGCGUGGCCUCUGGGAAGCAUGGCCCUUUGACACCCACCUCAACUCUGGAUAACUGGGGGAGACACCAGGGCUCCAGGAUGCUCUUGCUGCAAGUGAGGGACACAGAGAUGCUGGUUUGAACUCCAGGUCCUGAUGCAACUCUCACCAGGAAGUGCUGAGUUACAGAGAGAAUGUGGGUGGGUGGGAACCAAAGGUGUGACUGGUUCCACGAGAGGGUCCUUGGGAAGAGCUGCGGGCCAGGCCUGCUGGAGUGAGCCCACCCAUGGGCAGAGAGGAGGUCUAACUCCAAGUCUAAGCAAGUAAAUACUGGGCAGCAGUGUGUACUUUCCGUCUGCACUUACAGGCACAGGAUGGUGCCUCCAUUUUAUAGGUGGGAAACAACUCCCAAAAGGUACUGGCCUUAUUUCCUUCAGCCGGUGAGCGGCAAAAAUAGGGCUGGAGCUAAAGCUGCCAUCACCUCUGCUUGUCCCCUCCCACCACUAAUUCAUGUUACUGUAGCAAGUUGGCAGCGCAGGACAAGACUGCCAACUCUCUGAGCUGUGGUGUGGGGAAGGAGAAAAAGAAGGGAGUGUUCUCAAAUUUAGAAAAAGAAGAAAAAAGUAGUAUUGGGAACAUACUGAAAAUGCAUUUGGUGUUUAUCUGAAAUUAAAAUUUAACUGGGCAUCCUGUAUUUUAUCUGGCCACUGAGCAAACGAGGGAUGAAGGAAAGGCAGGGAAAGGGAGAUGGACUCACUCUCUUGGAAGAGGUGGAAACACCUGCAAUUUGGGCCAAGAAUGCCGUGGGUUCUUCGGGAGACAUUGACUCAGUGUUGGUGGUGCAGGGAGAAAGAACAGGGGGGGUCUCACCUUGCUCACUGAGGGAAGGACCCCCACACUCUAGCAAGGCUGGAGGAUGACAAGGGGGGACCUUUUGCACCCUGGGGUCUGAGGUUGCUGUGAGCAGUGCUGUUGGACACCAGCAUUUGUCCGAGCACUUCUAUUGCCGUUCAUACACCCCACUUUGAGCAGAAGGGAACUUGCUAGCAGGAGGCGGGGAAGUACAAGGGGCCUAGGCCAGGGCUGGAGCUAAAAACCAAAAAAGUACCCUUCAGCGUCCCGAUGCCCAGCUCCCACUCCACAUCCAGAUUUGGGGGGAAGCAGCCUGCCAAGCUCCCAGCCUCCAGGUCUCCAAUCUACUCAAGAGCCGGAUGCUUAGUUCCAGUUCUGAAUGUGCAGGAGGAAGUAUGGGGAGGGAGAGAGCUUCCAUUUUGUAGCCUUGGCUGAUGAGGCUCCCUAUUCCAGCAGUUGUCAGCAAGCAGCAUAAGGAGAGGAAAAUCAAGCCCUGCAGGCUCCCCAUUCUGUAUGAAGGAAAGUUAAGUUUCAGUUCACACAGCUCAGAAAUGUUAGGAAACAAAUUUGGUGGUCUAGGCCACUUACUGUGCAGACCCCAGGCCAGGGAAAUCCACGGGCAGAGAAUAAACCAACGUCCCGCUGGUGCUAAUUACGCAACAGAUCCUGCCCGCACCAUCACCACCACCACCCUCACCAGGAACCCACUGCUACAGUGGUCUCCCCAGAGAAUCCACUUUCACAUCAUGAAGUUAAAAGGUCAGGUUUGUCCCCCAACACAUCGUACCAACACACAAGAGCUAAGGCAAGGCCAGAGCACUAGAGAAAUAGGAAACUUGAUUCUACAUGUAUAAGAGGGUUAUUUAGUUGUCUUUUUGAGGGCCCGCCGCACCCCAGCUUGCCUUGAUGUUAGACUGGGACAUCCUAUCAAUGUCCUCCUCAGAGGGUCUCUCCGUUGCCCCAGCCAUUGGUCUCAUCUCCUGGAUGUCCAGGUCGGCCAGGGCGUGGUCCCCAGGCAGCCACGAGGACAGCACAGCUAGGAGGUCCUGAGCACCUUUAACAGGAACAGGAUCAGCAGCAGAGUGACUUAGCUGAAGGCCAGCACUGCAACCAGCAUGUUCAACAGCAUCUUGCAGGAGGCUGGGAAGGACGGGGCUGGGGAGCCUGGAGGUGUGGAGCAGACUGUACAGGGCAGCUAGAGCUGACCAUGAGCCCAUAAUUACUCAUCAAGGUAGAAAAAUAAAAGCUGGGAGCGUGUGGGGAAGCUGGGUGUGGCUGGGGAUGGGACAGGAGCAAGAACAAACGUCUACAAAUCUGGAUGGUAGAGGAGGCACCAGUCCUUUUAGGGCCUAGGCUGCCUUCCAGCCUGCACCUGUCUUUAAACCAUGAAGCUUCUUGACCUUCAGCAGCCUCACGACCACCCUAUAUGUAUCCUCUUCCCCCAGGAACUCUGGAGGGGAAGCUGUUAGCCUUCGAAUCUUCCUCCCCAUCCAGCCCCUGGCAGAGGCCCAGAGCUGGUUUACUCCCUUAAGCAGGUUUGUGUUUAUCUGCUAGAUGGGGGCAGGAGGUAGCCAGGUGUCACCCAGCAAGGUUUAAGAGAAAAUAACUGAACAACACAAAUAUCCAUUUACACGGUACUAGUUCCAUUCCAGCACUUCCAUUCUAUGGAUUAUUAUUAUUAUAACAUCAUAAAUGUAAAAGAGGGCCGGCCCGGUGGCUCAGGCGAUUGGAGCUCCAUGCUCCUAACGCCAAAGGCUGCUGGUUCAAUUCCCACA